UCUGAAGCAGGCAUGCCAUAAUGCAGCAACGUGACACUGAGCCCCGUGAGCCGAGCUCCUCCCACCAUAGCCAAUCAGAUGCAAGCUAGGCGUGAAUAGGCUGGCUACAGGAACGCAAAGAGCCAAUGAGAGUGAUGUAUGUGUGCUGGAAGGAGUGCAAGGAACGUGUACUAGUGCGUGUUUCACAGCGAGCUUUAAACAACGUGAAAGCCAAGUUAAACCUGCUACUGAGUGGAAUGCAAACAUUUCUGGAAUCAGAAACAGGAUAAUUGCUAAGAAAGUGGUUCUGGAGAUAUUUUUGACCCUUUAUUUUUGGAAAUAGAGAGCAGAACGUCUAAAAGUGGCUUCUGGAACAAGGAAUAAAGUAACAAAGUCAACAAAAAGAAUGAUGAGGAAUGGACAGAUUCUGAAAAGGCAGAACUGAUUUUUUUUUUUUCAUAUUUUAUCUCUCCCACACACUGUUACCAUCCAUCUGGUUGCAAGAUUGCAUCCAAGACUGUUUCAUAAGCUGCCUGCUGCAUGUUUUUCAAAUCUGAAGUCAACAGAGUACUUACAUUUGUACUUACAUUACAUGUGUUUACACUGCUAAACAUCACUGGAGGUUUUGAGCUCUCAUUCCUCUUGGUUUUAAGCCUAAGCAAUUCCAUAGGGACUCACAACAAUAUCUAGUGUUCCAUAUUUGAGAAGUACACUCAUGAAAAUCUUCAAAACAAAAUGAUUUCCUUCAGCAGUUCAUGUAGCCCGACCUAGUAAAGCUCUGUUCAGGCUUUCAUUUUAAACCAGAUAGGUGAGACCAGGUAAUCUGACUAUGAGUGAUGAUAACUCUGACUCCGCCCCCAGCGAUGCCCGUUGCGGCGGUGUAGAAAGGGCCAAGGAGACAGGGCCACAGACCAGCUUUCCUAGUACCAGCGAAAGUUCCCCUUCUUUAAAUCCUGACAAUGGCAGGACAGGGUUGUCUCCAGGAGGAGAGUCAGGGCGUGCAGGGUUGUCGGGUCAUAAUCGGAAUUCUGAUGACAUGGAGGCGCUGUCAAGCGGCAAUGACUCCGGAGAGAGGGAGAGUGAAGGAGGAAUGGAGAGGGAGAAUGGAUCAAGGGGGCGACAGUCCAUGAGGAGUUACCAGAGCUCUUCCAGUCAUAAUUGCAAGGAUUCUGGACUGAUGCUGGAGACUACUGAGAGCAACAAGAGCUCAAAUUCUCAGAGCCCGUCACCCCCCAGCAGCUCCCUGGCUUACAGUUUGUUAAGCACAAGCUCAGAGCAAAACCCCUCAUCCACCAGCGGAUGCAGCAGUGAACAGUCUGCUCGAGUUCAGACCCAGAAGGAACUGAUGAGGGCAUUAAAGGAUCUCAAGCUUCGUCUGCCAGCUGAGAAGAAGAACAAAGGGCGCUCCAGCACCCUCAGUGCCCUCAAAUACGCCCUCAGUUGUGUCAAACAAGUACAAGCCAAUCAGGAGUAUUAUCACCAGUGGAAUGUUGAAGAGUGUCACGGCUGUAGUCUGGACCUUUCCACAUUUACUAUUGAAGAGCUUGAUAACAUCACCUCUGAAUACAAUCUGAAAAACACAGACACAUUCUCCAUGGCUGUCUCAUUCCUGUCAGGGAGGGUGGUGUACAUCUCACCACAGGGCUCAUCUCUGUUGCGCAGUAAACCAGAAAAGCUGCAGGGGGCACUGUUUUCAGAACUCCUCGCCCCUCAGGAUGUCAGCACUUUCUACAGCAGCACUGCACCCUGCAAAUUGCCACCGUGGACUAACUGCAUUGGCUCUUCAUCUGCUCCAGUGGAUUGUACUCAGGAGAAGUCCAUGUUCUGUAGAAUCAGUGCAGAUGGAUACUCCAGUGGUGACAUGCGCUAUUACCCAUUCAGACUCACCCCGUACCUUCUUACACUUCAAAAUUCAGACACCGCUGAUUCCCAGCCGUGCUGUCUACUUAUUGCUGAGAGAGUGCACUCGGGAUAUGAAGCUCCUCGUAUUCCUCCAGAUAAGCGGAUCUUUACCACCAGUCACACACCUAGCUGUCUGUUCCAGGAGGUAGACGAGAGAGCAGUCCCACUGCUGGGAUAUCUUCCACAAGACCUGGUGGGCACACCAGUGCUGCUUUCUCUGCACCCAGAAGACCGACCCAUAAUGGUGGCCAUCCACAAGAAAAUUCUGCAGUUUGCAGGACAGCCUUUUGACCACUCUCCAUUGCGAAUGUGCACCCGGAAUGGAGAGUAUUUGACGAUAGACACCUCCUGGUCCUCCUUUGUCAACCCAUGGAGCAGGAAGGUGUCUUUCAUUGUGGGUCGACACAAAGUUCGAACCUCUCCUCUGAAUGAGGAUAUCUUUACACUGCCAAGGACUUUGGAGGAAAGUGCCAUAACUUCUGACAUUGUGCAGCUCAGCGAACAGAUUCACCGACUGCUGAUUCAGCCUGUACACAGCAGCUGUUCACAGGGUUAUGGCAGCUUGGCCAGCAAUGGCUCCCAUGAACUGCAGCCCAGUGCUGGGUCAUCAUCUGAAAGCAUCGGCACUGCACUAGAGGACCCAGCGCAGCUCCACAAACCGAUGACCUUUCAGCAGAUAUGUAAAGAUGUUCACAUGGUGAAAACGAGUGGCCAACAGGUGUUUAUCGAGUCUCGAAACCGGCCUCCUCCCAGGAAACACACUGGCACGGGUUAUUUGCGAGCUGGGCCAGAUGUAGCCCCUCCAUCAAAGGAUCCAAUCCUGCCUCAACUUGUGAGAAAGGACCCACCCACUGCAUACUCCUACCAGCAAAUCAACAGCUUAGAUAGCAUUAUACGAUAUCUGGAAAGCUGUAAUGUCCCAAACACAGUCAAACGAAAGUGCGGCUCUUCAUCCUGCACUGCCUCCUCUACUUCGGAUGAUGACAAGCAACAGGACACUCCAAGCAACACUAAAGGUCCAGCAGUGGCUUUGGUUGGUGAGAGUAGACCACUGACAGCAUUGGCCUUACACAGUAAGGCAGAGAGUGUAGUGUCAGUAACAUCUCAGUGCAGUUUCAGCAGCACCAUUGUCCAUGUGGGAGACAAGAAACCGCCUGAGUCUGACAUUGUAAUGGAGGAAGCACUUACAACUCCUAUACCUGCCCCACCUGUCCUUCCAGCUUCCACUCCUCCCACCGUCACAGCCUCCCCCUCUCUGCCUCCUCCUCCAGCACCGCCCAGUUUUUCAACUUUAGCUGAGAGGGACAGUGGCAGGAAAGGAGGAGGGGCAGCAGGAGGUGGAGCAACGUCUGGAGGAGCUGGAUCGGGAGGUGCGGUGUCAGGAUCAGGAGGAUCAGCAGCAGGAGGAAGACUGGGACUGACUAAAGAGGUGCUUUCUGCACAUACCCAACAAGAGGAGCAGAACUUUCUGUGUCGGUUUAAAGAUCUGAGUCAGUUGCAAGUGUUCGACCCAUCUUCAGUACUGAGACGCCAUACGACUACAGUGCUCACUAGAGGUGCACGUUGUUCACGUGAUUAUCCUGCAGUUGGCAGCAGUGGACGUCGGCGUGGUAGAGGUGGAAAGAGGUUAAAACAUCAGGAGAUAUCAGACCACAGCAGCUCUUUAGGCCAAUCUGGGGCAGUGGGAAGCCUCUCCACUGGACUUCCUGCACAGAACGGCACACCCAGCUCUUUCCCUGUACCUCCUCCAACCACCUCUUCCUCCUGGCCUCCUUCAGUGGGUUCUCAGAACAGCCUGCCCUCUGUGCCCUACCCACCAGGCAUGUUUCCCAUUUACUCACUUUUUCCACCUCUCUCUCACCCUAUCACGGACCCCUCUAUGUCAACUGGCUUUCCCUUCCCUAUUCAGAAUCCGCAAAUGGCGCCUCCUAUGGUUCCCCCUAUGAUGGCACUCGUCCUGCCAAACUACAUGUUUCCACAAAUGGGAGCAACCAUGGCCCAGCCCGGUACUGGCAUCAUGGCCCAGCCCGGUACUGGCAUCAUGGCCCAGCCCGGUACUGGCAUCAUGCCCCAGCCUAUCUACAACCCGAAUGUUUCUUUUCCGUACCCUACAGUAAGCACUGCCGCUUCUGUACCAAUUCAGUCUGCAACCCAAGCCCCGAAAAAUCCAUCCCGCUGCAGCACGCCUCAAUCCUGCAGCCAGAGGGAGGGAGGAGUUGAGAGAGAAGGGGUGGAGUCACCUCUUUUCCAGUCCCGAUGCUCCUCCCCUCUGAAUUUGCUUCAGCUAGAGGAGUUGCCUUCUAACCGGCUUGAGGUAGUGACUGCGCUGGCCUCAGGACAGCAAGCAAUGCCUUCUGGGAGUGGACAAGGGGGUGGAGUUGGAGGACAGGCAUCAACCAAUCAGAGAAGCACAGAAGGAAAUUCCAAGGAGAAUGAAAAUGGAGAAACUAAUGAAUCAAAUCAGGACGCCAUGUCCACCUCUAGUGAUCUACUGGACCUUCUGCUGCAGGAGGACUCUCGGUCAGGUACUGGUUCUGCUGCUUCAGGCUCGGGGUCUUCAGGCACAGGCUCCUCAGGAUCUGGAUUAGGUUCCUCAGGGUCGGGCUCUAAUGGCUGCAGCUCCUCAGGGAGUGGAACUAGAAGCAGUCAGAGCAGCCACACUAGCAAGUACUUCGGCAGUGUAGACUCAUCCGAGAAUGAUCACACCCGAAAGCAGACAGCAGGCGGCAAUGGAGAGGCUCAGUUCAUUAAAUGUGUUCUGCAGGAUCCCAUCUGGCUGCUCAUGGCCAACACAGAUGAAAAGAUCAUGAUGACGUACCAGCUGCCCAUCAGGGACAAAGAGACCAUACUGAGUGAGGACCGGGUUGCACUGAAAGCUAUGCAGAAGCAUCAGCCUCGUUUUACUGAAGAGCAAAAGCAGGAGCUGAGUCAGGUUCAUCCCUGGAUGCGGACAGGCCGCCUGCCUCGUGCCAUCAACAUACCGGCAUGUUUGGGUUGUAAAUCUCCUCCUUCAGUGACUCCUGCUGCCCCCUUUGAUGUGGAGAUCCAUGAAAUGGAACUGUGCAGUGUAUUGCACGUGACCGAAGAUGGCUCCAUGGCUGAGAAGCACACCCAGCCAGAUACUGCCAUGGACGACGGUGUGGAGGAGGGCAACGGAGAGCUGCUCAGACAGAGAAAUGAAGAGGUGGAUGAGGAAAAAAGGGCUGUAAUAACUGUGGAAAUGGCGAUGGAGGAACAGGAAGUUUCAUCUCAGAUGGAGGAGCAGAAAGGAGCUGAUAUGAGUCACUUACCCUGAUAGCUUUGAUACUUGUGGGAGAGAUGACAUGAACCUUAAAGAGUCCUGAGAACACCAGCAGUUGUUUAUUGUGGCAUCAUGUAAUGCGCACAUCCAACAUAAAAUCAUGACACUAGGUGGACAGUUUGCAGUCAUAGUUGGUUAUUUUUUUAAAGGUCUACAAGCAAAGCAUGGUACUCUUCGGGCACAAAUUCUUUUCAAAUGGUCAUUUAAAAUAAAUAAAUAAAUACGUAAGCCGUAAGGUAUGUUUUGUGUGUAACGAUUGGUGUUGAAUGAUGAAGGUUUUGUUAUUGUGUAAUUAAAAAGCAGUCCUUUUUUUAUAUGAAUAAAAUAACAGUAUUUGUUUGUAAAGUUUGAUAAUGAAUGUGAAACAAAAAGGCCACUUUGUCAGGCUGAUUUAACAAUGGCACCUACACCAUUCAUCGGAAAUGCACUUUUGCCGUUGAUUUCACAUGACGUGAUCUAUUAUUAAUAAAAAAGCAUCUAAACCUGAAA